AUGAACCCGUACAUCUUAGCCACCCUACUUUUUGGUUUAGGCCUAGGCACCACAAUUACAUUUGCAAGCUCACAUUGACUGCUUGCCUGAAUAGGCCUUGAAAUUAAUACUCUCGCCAUUAUUCCCCUAAUAGCACAACACCACCACCCACGAGCAGUUGAGGCCACCACUAAAUAUUUUCUUACUCAGGCAACUGCAGCAGCCAUACUUCUCUUUGCCAGCACCACUAAUGCUUGACUUACAGGACAAUGAGAUAUUCAACAAAUAUCUCACCCUCUGCCUAUUACUCUUAUUACCCUUGCUUUAGCAUUAAAAAUUGGCCUUGCACCAGUUCACUCAUGACUACCCGAAGUCCUUCAAGGCCUCGACCUUACCACAGGUCUCAUUCUUUCUACUUGACAAAAACUCGCCCCUUUUGCCCUUCUACUACAACUUCAACCUGCUAACUCAACUAUUCUUAUUAUUUUAGGCCUAACCUCCACCCUAGUGGGUGGCUGAGGAGGACUAAAUCAAACCCAACUUCGUAAAAUUCUUGCUUAUUCCUCAAUUGCUCACCUAGGUUGAAUAAUUCUUGUACUUCAAUUCUCACCCUCUCUAACACUCCUUACCCUACUGACAUACCUUAUUAUAACCUCCUCAACAUUUCUUGUAUUCAAACUAAAUAAAUCAACCAACAUUAAUAUGCUUGCCACAUCCUGAGCAAAAGCACCAGCUCUUACAGCCCUUACCCCCUUAAUUCUCCUAUCCCUCGGAGGACUUCCCCCUCUAACUGGCUUUAUGCCAAAAUGACUUAUUCUUCAAGAACUAGCCAAACAAGACCUCGCCCCCACAGCAACCCUAGCCGCAAUAUCAGCCCUUUUAAGCCUUUAUUUUUACCUACGACUCUCCUACGCAAUAGCUUUGACAAUGUCCCCCAAUAAUUUAACAGGAAUAACCCCAUGACGGCUUCAAUCCUCACAACUAACGCUUCCACUAGCUAUUUCAACUAUAGCCACCCUUUUACUUCUUCCCCUAACCCCCGCAGCCGUCGCACUGCUUACCCUUUA